UGGUGUCCCACAGCGGCUCCUGGUAUCCACGGGGUCCCUCAGUGUCCCACGGGAUCCAACAGUGUCCCCAGGGCCGUGCACCGUGACCUGGAGACGGUUCUGAGCCUCACCCGCUCCGGUCUCCGCCGGGACCUCCCUACCCCACCGGGACCUCCCUACCCCACCGGGACCCCAACCCCGGCCUCCCCCUCCCAAACCCGCGGGGCACACGGCGCCACGGGCAGGGACGGUGGGACCUCGGCCCCGGUGCCCGAGGCGCGGCCGGUGCGUCGCCGCGGAUCCGGGGAAGGCCAGGGGCAGCCCCGGCGGGCGGGAGCGGGAAGCGCCGGAGCCGCCCCGUCGGGGCCGCCGCGAUUGCAGCGCCGCGGGCAGCACGACCCUGCCCGGCGGACACCGGGGCUGCGCGGUCCCCACGGGGCGCGGACCGGGGAAGCCCCGCCGGGACACCGCGGAACCGGGGAGCCGCCACUUGCCUCGCCGGGGCCGCCCCGGCUGCUUUCCCGGUGCGGCCGGAGGACACACGGGGGACAGCGGAGGGGACACGGGGGGACACAGCGAGCAGACACCAAAGGAACAACGUGGGGACACUGGGUGCCGCAGGGCGCGGAGCCGCCAGGAACUGCCCUGGGUUUUCCUGCCCGUCCCAUCCCGUCCCGGCGCGGUGCGGGACCGGGCGCGGCGGGGCGCAGCCCGGGGACCCCGGCCCGGUAUCGGUUCUGCUUUCGAGGGAGGCGGCGAUUUCGCAGUAACGGGGGGCGGGUGCCACCUGCCGCGGGGAUUCCCCACCUGCCGCCGCCCCAUAAGAGCCCGGUGGCAGCGCCGGUGGCGGCACCGACCGAACGACCGGCCAUGGCCCCACUCCGCCGCCUCCUGCUCUGCCUCUGCCUCCCGCUGCUGCUGCCGCCGCCCGCGGCCCCGGCCCCGGCCCCGGGACCCCGCACCGACUGGGUCGCCUGCAGGAGCCUCUCCCGGGAGCUGUCGCGGCUGGUGGCGACACUCAAGGAGCCGCACCGGGUGCUGGAGGAGACGCAGCUGAGUGAGGAGGAUCCCAAGAACUGGCCCCCCCGGAUCCGCUGCAGCGACGCUUGUGACCCCUCCACGCUGGACACCAACAACACGCGCUGCCUGCAGCGAAUCCUCCAAGGGCUGCAGCACUACCGGGACCUGCUGGGCUCCGACAUCUUCACCGCCCACCGGCUGCCCCGGCUGGAGGCCACGCUGGACCAGCUGCUGGGGCUCGUCCAGCAGGAGCACGGCCGCCCCCCCCGGCAUUCCCUGGCCCCCAGCGAGACCUGGGCCCACCCGCUGCUGCAGCACCUGGCGCUCCAGCGCCUCCAAUCCUUCGCCGCCAUCAUGAGCCGCGUCUUCACCCACAGCGCCAGUGCCCGCUGAGCCCCCACGACCCCCGACUAUUUAUUCCCCUCCCCGCCGAGGGGCUAUUUAUGUGUGACGCUCUCUAUUUAUCUCGGGUAUUUAUGAGUUUCUAAUAAAGGUCUGAAUCAGACGAGUGGCUCCCCAUGUGCAGCACAACACGGGUCUGGCCGCAGGCA